GAAAAAAUAUACUGUACAAGUCGAGUGGAUUGUUCAUAAUUUCCAUAUCGCACUCAGACGAUUAAGAACUCCACUAUCGGCGUCGUGCUCAAAUUUCGUCUUCGUGGGAUAUGGCUAUCAUACCUACUCUUGUUGCACAAACAAACUAUUCCCUAGCCCUAAGCGUUCGGAGCAUUUUUGAAUGAAGUGAUGGUUUCUAAGGAAUUCGUUUGGUGUAUUGAAAUGCCAAUGCUGUUUUUAAUUUAAAUCUCAAUCAACUGUAAUUUCAUUACCUUCACACACAAUGCUUUCCCAUGUCGUCGAUGGAGUUGGUAUUCAAACCCCACCUGAGUUCUUUUUAGUAGCGAUGUCGGAGUGACGACGGAAUGUUUGAUUCUGAUUCCACGAUUCACGAUUCAAUUCAAUCUUAUCAGUGCCGUAGUGAGGUCAAAUACGUGAAAUACGCCCGCGCGCGAUCCACCUGCAAACCGCGAAAUUUACCGGUGCGGUAGGACGAACAUUACGCUGUUUCUAUUCCUUUCAGCCCAAUUGUAAUAUAAAAAAUAAUAAACUAUUAUGUUGUGUAUUCAUUUGUGAGUGUUUUUUUUUAAUAGUUUACUUAACACUUCAGUAAUUCAACAUGCCAGAAAAUAAUGCCAACCCGCCAAAUGUAGUUAAUGGUAGUUCAAAUUUGGAAAUUGCACAAAGUAAUCAGGAUUUAAUAAUAGCAAAAGGAAGGACCAAAAAACGAAAAUGGAUAAUAACUGGUGUCAUAGUGGUAAUUGCCGUGAGUUUGGUAAUUGCUGCCAUUAUUUUAUUAUCAAAAGGAGGAGAGAAGAGUAGCACUAAACCGGUGGCGCCAACACUUACUCUAGAAGAUUACCUUAACGGUCGAUUUCAACCUAAGUCUUUCAAUGCCACCUGGACAUCAGGUAGCGAACUAAUUUAUUCUCUAAAUGGCAAUCUUGUACUCUUCAAUAUUGAAACAAAUACGUCCAAAAUCCUUAUCGAGCAGUCAGAUCCGAUAUUAUCAGCUACAUUUGAUUUCCAGUUAUCUGCGGAUGGAUUAUAUUUAUUGGUGGCUUACAAUUAUCAGAAGCUCUUCCGACAUAGCUACAUUGCCUCCUAUAUCAGCAUCGAAUUAAGUACAGGUGAAAAGCAACCAUUAAUCCCAGAGGGAAAGCCCGCACAAUUGGUCGUAUGGGCUCCAGUGGGUAAUGCUUUUGCUUACGUUACCGACAAUAAUAUAUUUUAUAAGAAAUCAGUAAAUGAUUUGGAUGUAGCAACUAUCACUAAUACAGCAGGGUAUGUUUCCAAUGGAGUUCCAGACUGGGUAAAUGAAGAGGAAGUAUUAAGUUCAAACAAAGCAUUAUGGUUUUCACCAGACGGAAAAAAAGUUGCCUACGGUAGGUACAAUGAUACUGACGUUCCUAUAAUGGUCUUACCUAUUUAUGGAGAACCUGGGAAACUAGCCUACCAGUAUCCCAGAGCAAAUGUCAUCAAGUAUCCAAAGUCUGGAGCAUCUAACCCUUCAGUUUCUCUACACUACGUAGACUUGAGUAAUCCAUCUACAGACUAUGAACUAAAAGUACCCACAGAUUUUAAUGAAGAGGAAAUUUUAUCUGCUGUAGAAUGGGCUGAUAAUGACAAUAUUAUUGCAAUUUGGUUAAACAGAGUCCAAAAUAAAAGCGUUCUUACUUCUUAUAACACAACAUCCAAUCCUGCGACUUCUAAAAUAGUAAAAAAUCUAGUUUCUAACAUCGGUUGGCUAGACCUAUUCACACCACCCAUAUUCUCCAAAGAUGGAUCUAAGAUGGUUCUGAUUCUUUCACAAGAUCAAGAUGGAACUGAUGAAGGAUUCAGACAUAUUGUGAUGUUCGAUACUACAACAGUAAAUGCACCUCAGCAAGCACUGACGCAAGGAAAGUUUGUUGUUACUAGCAUAUUGGGCUGGAAUCAUGAAAACAAUUUAAUUUACUACUUAGCAAAUACUGAAUCAGACUCUGCUGUUCAGCAUCUGUACACAAUUUCUCCAGAAACAAAGAAUUCUACUUGUCUUUCUUGCUCUUUAAAGUCAAAAUUUAAUUCGUCCAAAGAUUGUACCUAUAACACAGCAGAGUUCAGCCAAAACAAAGCUUAUUACGUUUUAAAUUGUGCCGGCCCUGAUGUACCACAAAUCUCAAUAUUUACCAAAGAUGGCGUCAAAGUUACCGAUUGGAUUGACAACGAGGAACUGGCUUCUUAUUUGAAGCAGAAGGAACAACCGACUCUAAAGAAAUUAUCAUUAGAAAUUGCUGAUGGAUUUACUGCUAAUGUCGUAUUGAGGCUUCCACCCAAUUUAGAUACAAGUGGAAAUGUUAAAUAUCCAAUGUUGGUCAAUGUGUAUGGUGGGCCAGAUACUUUCCAAGUUAUCGAUAAGUUUGUUUUGGAUUGGGGUAGUUACUUGGCAGCAAACAAGAGCAUCAUUUACGCCGCUAUAGAUGGAAGAGGAUCAGGUCUUAGAGGAGAUAAAAUUAUGUUUUCUGGUUACCGAAAUUUAGGAACAGUAGAAGUCAUAGAUCAAAUAAAUGUAACCAAGUUAAUACAGAAAGAAUUGCCUUACGUUGAUCCUUCAAGAUCUGCUAUAUGGGGUUGGAGUUAUGGAGGAUAUGCUUCUGGUAUGGCUCUAGCCCAAGACACUGAGGGCGUAUUUAAAUGUGGAAUAUCAGUAGCUCCAGUUACAGAUUGGGCUCUUUAUGAUUCAAUUUACACGGAAAGAUUUAUGGGUCUUCCUACAGAAACGGACAAUUUAGAAGGAUAUGAAAAAGCCCAACUAUUAAAGAAAUUUGAAGGACUAAGAAACAAAGAGUACUUUCUUAUACACGGUACUCACGAUGAUAAUGUUCACUAUCAACAAUCUAUGAUGUGGUCAAAAGUACUUGAGCAGAAUGAUGUUUUGUUUAGGCAACAGAGUUACCCUGAUGAAGAUCACAGCCUUGGUUCAGUCCGGCCUCACCUUUACCAUUCCUUGGGACAAUUUUUGGACGAAUGUUUUAUGGAAAAGGAAGAAUAAAAACUUUAUAAUUUUACUUAUAUUACCAACGACUGCGAUUUUUAUGUUUUAACUAGUCAUAAUUUAGAAUAAUAUUUAUAGGUAUAUUGAGUGUUCUAUAUACUUAAGAGAGAUUUUUAAAUUAAUAUAAAAGAUGAGAAUGUAAUGUUUUAAAAAAAUCCCAAUAAAAAUGUUAUUUAAGAGCACUGUGUAUCAUAUAUUCCAAAUAUAAAGAGUGGUCCACAAAAAAUGUUUCUCGUCUCCGAAUUAAAUCCAAACUGACACUUAAAAAGAAG